ACACUUGCUUUCUGUCUCUCAUAUACGUUCGACCUUUACGAGGCCUCUCGCUAGUAUCCGACAACCAUUUAAAACCUGAAGUCAUGUUUGGAACACUCAUACACCUGGGGAUCGACGCCCUCAUCGUCAGCGCCUUCCUUGCAGGGGUAAAGCGUAACACUGGCUUGACACCUGCUUUGGCGCAAGUUCCGAACAAAGAUAUCCGUCAAAUCCUGCGCACUUACUUGGAAUUCGGGGAAUAUCUCUUCGACUUCGCUGUGGUCGUAUUUGGACGCUCCACAUCGUUCGAGCGAAGGCACUGAUGUUCUGAUCCUGGAUUUUGUAGUUGUUGCAUGUAUAUUAUCGCCUUUGCCUCUCGUUUUAGUUCUUCUUGUACUGGGGUUACUCGCAAUCG